AUGGCUGGUACUGCACAGCAACCGGAUACAACUUCCGGGGGAUAUCCCCAAGGAAAACUAAACACAAUCCGGGUUUACAAGCAAAGAGGGCACUAUGACUACGAAACAGUUCACUCCAUCACAGACUCAACAUUACUCUCACAUGUAGCGUUCAUAAUCAAGGACAACGACAACAAUGGAGAAGACGCGCCAGUCAAUCUUCCCCUCACUUGUGUGUUGGGAAGAUAUAACCCCGAUAUAGAUUACGAACGCCUCAGCGAUGAGCAGCUUGAUGCCGAGCAUAAAGAGACCAUACGCAGCGGUCCGGUGGAGGCUUAUGUACAUGGAAAUGCAGCAGCCAUGUUGUACAAGGCAAUAAAAGCAAGUGAAAACGGUAGUGUAAAGGUUUGCAUUACUUCUACAGCAGUGGACGGCGUCGUUCUAUUUUUAACGCCAAAUGGCCACUCUCUCAACUAUCGUUCUUCUGUCCUUCAUGGCACUGCAUCCCUUGUCCCAGAGCAUGAGGUAGCAAAGAAGCGUUGGUCAAUGCGUCUUCUUACAAACCACAUGGCUCGUGGACGUUGGGAUGUUACAUACCCGGUCGCCCAGUCGGCCAUGAAAUAUGUACAGGUCAUCGAAGUUCAAAUUAGAAGCGCAAGUGCAAAGGUCCGAGGUGCGAAUAUCGGUGAUUUUGAGCCAGAUACCGUACUUGGAGAGUCGCCAGGCUGGCAGAAAAAAGAUGUCUGGUCGGGGGUUGUACCGUUAUACGAGGUUCUGGGUACUCCGGUUUCAAGUGGAGUUAUGGGAACGCAAGGCGAGAGAGACGAUGCUAUACGACAAGUUGAACAUUGGCGAGGUGGGCGGAAUGAGGCGUCCAAGGAAUAUGCAGAGAGGGUCGCUGCUGUCGGGCCCGUUGAGAAGGACAUGAAGGAUCAAGUAGAGAAAUGGAAAUCAACUCAUAAUUAG